UUGUUAGUUCCUAUCAUUUUCAGCUUUAACUACACGUACAACACUUUGAUAGACGCGUGGAAAAUAUAUAUUGGUAGUGCUUGUCGCUUCAUAGAACAAUGCAGUAAACCACAAAAAAUCGAUCGUAUCUAUGUUCGCUUGGAUUACGACAAGUGCGCUCAUUUGAACGACCUUGCGAUUAUCGACCUGAGGAAUAAAGUACCCGAAAUUGAAGGAGUUCCAAUCUGUCUCCCCAAAAAAGAAGAACCUCUUCGACUAGUCUUGAAUGCCAUUGGAUCCGGAGCGGAUCCAAGCCGAAGGAAGGCAUUUUCUGGUGGACUCCAAAAAACAAACUUAUUCAAAGCCGUUGAAAAAGAUAAAAUAAUUGAGACAGUGGACAAGAUUUCUGCACUGUGCUCGGGUGAUAGCGGAGGCCCGCUAUUUUUCUCUCAAAUGGGCCGUUACGUUCAGGUUGGCAUUGCUUCCGCGGUCUCUCCACCAUGUGAAAGAAGCGCCGAGUAUAUGCAAAACCGCUACGUAGAUGUCCGUAAGUACCUCGGUUGGAUUUGUAAACAUACUGGCAAGUAUAUACUGUGUAUUAUUGUAAUCUUAGGUAUCUGUCCAAAAGAAGACACUGACGAUGAAGAAGACUUAUGA